AUGUCUUCCAUUAUAAGCAGCCUCCCGUUCGAUCCCACGCUCACGUAUAUCAAUGGUGAGUGGGUGGGCUCGUCGGACUCACAAACAAGCAGCAUUGAGAACCCGGCCACAGGCCAAGUGAUUGCCACAGUAAGCGAGAGCACCGCAUCCGACCUUGAUGCGGCCGUCCAAGCAGCACACAAAGCGUUCUACUCGGGCGCAUGGGUGAACACAUACUCUGGAGCACAGCGCCGCGACGCGCUCCUUGCACUGGCCAUGUCGAUCGAAGACAACCGCCAGGCUUUGGAGCAUCUGGAGAGCCUUAACACGGGAAAGCCCAUCCGCGACGUGCGCGUAGAGCUAGACGACACCAUUGAUCUGUUCCGGCACUUUGCUGGGUACGCGGACAAGGUCGAGGGAAGGCACAUUGCGGCGCAGACCAAUGCGGGACUCGAAGGGUACACGGUCAAGGUGCCCGUGGGCGUUGUCGGCUUCAUCAACGCGUUCAACUACCCACUGUGCCUGCUGGCCUGGAAGGUGGCACCGGCUCUGGCGGCCGGAUGCACGGUGGUGUUCAAGCCGGGGCCGCAGACACCGCUGACCACCCUGUUCUUUGCCCACCUGCUGCACAACACUGGGCGGUUCCCCGCCGGUGUCUUCAACGUGGUUUUGGGCGGCGUGGCUGUCGGCCAGGCGCUGGUGGACCAUGAUCUUGUCGACAAGAUUGGUUUUACAGGCUCUGUGGCCACCGGCAAGCACGUCAUCCGGUCGACGGCAUCGACAGCGCGCGUGCGCGCUACCUCCGUGGAGCUUGGCGGCAAGAGCCCUGGCGUCGUCAUGCCCGAUGCCGACCUUCAGCGCACCGCCGAGCUGGUAAUCAGCGGGUGCAUGAGCAACACUGGCAUGAACUGCAACGCGCUGACGCGGCUCUGGGUGCACCGGUCCAUCUACGCUGAGUUCCUGCCGUUGCUCAAGGCUGCUGCCGAAAAGCUAGUGCUAGGCGUGCCCCAGAGCGAGGACACCGAGAUGGGCCCGCUGAUUGACCGCCGCCAGAUGGACCGCGUGCUCGAGUACAUCCGCAUUGGAAUUGAAGAGGACAAGGCGCAAUUGCUGACUGGCGACGGCAGGCAUCGGGUCGGCCAGGAGGGGUACUGGGUCCGCCCCACAGUGUUCCAAAACGUUGAUCCCCAGGCGCGCAUCGCCACCGAGGAGAUCUUUGGCCCUGUGCUUUCUGUGCUGCAGCCGUUCGACAGCCUGGACGACGUCAUUGAGAUAGAGCGUAAGAGCGAGUUUGGGCUGGCCGCGGGCAUUUUCACUCGCAAUCAUAGCGACAUUGCCAGGUUCACGCGCAAGAUGCGCUGCGGUACCAUUUGGGUCAAUAACUAUAAUGCGCUGUAUUCGUACUUGCCGUUCGGCGGGUUCCGCAACUCGGGCUUUGGCCGCGAGCUUGGAUACGAGUCGUUUGACGGAUACUUGGCCACGAAGGCAAUUAUCGACGACAUCACAUACUGA